GACAGUGAAAGAACUUAAACUGUGUGAAGAGCAGAUCAGAGAGUUGAUUUUAGGCAGACUCAACCACGUGAUUGCAGGCAAACUAGUCAGCUCUGUAAAUAUUCUUCGAGACUCCUAUACUGGAACACUGACCAGAUGUCUGGAGAGCCUGGAAACCAUGAACAGAGACAGUCCCGAUGGAGAGACAACAACAGAUGCUCUCAGGCAGAUUCUGAAUGCAGCAUAUACAGUAGACAUAACUGUCAGAUCAAGCUCAUCGUUUAUUAAAAGCAUUCUGGAGAAGAUGAAGCAGCUUGUUUAUUCUCUUCCCUGGAGGAGUUCCCCAACUAUUGACAGUGACUGGAAAAGGAAGGUUGCUACAGAUAUGUUGAAUAGCCUUAGUGAGUCCAGACUGGCCAAGAGUAUCUCAAUACAGAUCAAGGAGCGGUUGAAUAAAUCACACAUUGACUUUACCAAUGCUCUAAAGCAGCUGGAGACAAGCCACACUGGUAGAUUGGAUAAAAUUGAAGAACAUCGCCUCAAGCUGCGCAAAAUACAUGCACCACAACUUGCUAAGUUGGCAUUGGAAAGUACCUCCCUGAAGGAUGUCGUUCUUUAUGACAUGCCUCAGAUUGACAAGGAGAUUGGCCGGGGGCAGUAUGGCGUUGUCUACUCUUGUGACAGAUGGGGCAGCUUUUCGCCAUGUGCCAUCAAAUCAGUGGUGCCACCUGACGAUAAACACUGGAAUGACUUAGCUCUGGAGUUCUUCUACACAAAGCAUAUUCCAGACCACGAUCGUAUUGUGAUGUUGCGUGGAUCUGUGAUAGACUACAUGUAUGGAGGAGGCACAUCACCGGCUGUGCUGUUGGUCAUGGACAGGCUACAGAUGGAUUUGCAUACAGCCAUUAGACAAAACCUGGAUUGGAUUAGCAGGUUACAAGUGGCGAUUGAUGUGGUGGAAGGUCUGCGUUAUUUACACAGUCAAGGGCUGGUUCACAGGGAUGUCAAGUUAAAAAAUGUCCUGCUGGAUAAGGACAAUAGGGGAAAGGUCACAGACCUGGGAUUCUGCAAGCCUGAAGUGAUGAUGAGCGGCAGUAUUGUGGGCACACCUAUACACAUGGCUCCGGAGCUCUUUACUGGCCACUAUGACAACAGCGUGGAUGUAUAUGCCUUCGGUAUUCUUUUCUGGUAUGUCUGCGCUGGCCAUGUCCACCUCCCAAGGGCAUUUGAACAGUGUGCAAACAAAGAUCAUCUUUGGCAGUCAGUGAAAAAAGGUCUAAGACCAGAGCAGCCGGAGAAUGUGUCAGAAGAUUGCUGGAAGUUAAUGCAGGGCUGUUGGGAAGGGGAGCCACAUCAACGGCCAUUGUUUGGAGAAGUUGAGAACACAUUGAAAGUUAUUUAUGAGAAAGAUAAGCGAAAAGCCGAAAUGGCUGCAGAAAGGAGGCGAGUAUCUAGUGACCAAAGUAACAGAUUGACACGCCGCUCCUCAAAGCCAUUACAAAUCAGAAGAUAA